GACUGGAAGAUGGGGACGUGUGUGCUUAGUUAUGACACAAAUUCAGGUAUUUGUGCACAUAAUUAGCUGCUUUGGCCCGUUAGGGUCCACGUAAAUCAAGCCCUGGUAGUGUGAGAGGUGUCGCCAUGGACGAGGACCUCCUGCUGGCCCUCCAGCUGCAGGAGCAGUUUGAUGAAGAGUACCAGACCUCGCUGCUCCCAGCAGCCCGCUCUGAGGACGAGGCCGGCGGCCACAGCAGCAAGAGGAGGAGGGUGGAGGACGGUGCAGGUGCAGGGGGAGGUGGAGGAGACCUGGUUCCCUACUGGAAGCCCAGUCCCCGCCACCAGCGGCCGCUCAGCAUCGUGGACGAGUCGUGGGAGCUGCUGGACCCGAGCCCGGACGUCAGGGCCAUGUUCCUGGAGUUCAACGACACCUUCUUCUGGGGGAAGCUGAACGGAGUGGAGGUCAAGUGGAGUGCCAGGAUGACCCUGUGUGCUGGCUUGUGUUCAUAUGAAGGCCGAGGGGGACUGUGUUCAAUCAGACUCAGUGAGCCUCUGCUGAAGCUUCGACCCAGAAAAGACUUGGUGGAGACCCUCCUCCACGAAAUGAUUCACGCGCUCCUGUUUGUGACCCAGAACAACCGGGACAGAAGCGGCCACGGGCCCGAGUUCUGCAAGCACAUGAACAGGAUCAACACGGCCACUGGGACCAAUAUAACUAUCUACCACAGCUUCACCGAUGAGGUUGACCUGUACCGGCAGCACUGGUGGCGGUGCGACGGGCCCUGCCAGAACCGCAAACCUUACUUUGGCUAUGUGAAGAGAGCCAUGAACCGAGCUCCGUCCUCUCUGGACCCCUGGUGGGAGGAUCACCGGAGGACAUGCAAUGGGACUUACACCAAGGUCAAGGAGCCGGAAGGAUAUGGGAAAAAAGCUAAGAAAGAUGAGAAGAAGGCCGUGGGAAACAAGAAGCCUUCAAGCACAGCUGCAGACUCUGGAUUACAGGAUAUAAGGAACAUCAUCCCGUUUACUGGAAAAGGCUUCGUCCUGGGAGGGAAUUCUCAGAGCUCCAAGUCUUCCUCCACGCCUCAUACACCAGCGGUGCCUGUUGUGAAAACCUCUCCAAAGAAAUCUCUCCCCCCUGCAUCUCCAGCUGGAGGUCUCAACUCUCCUCCUCGGACUGCCUUGUCUGGCCAAACCAAGAGGAUCUCUAACGGCUUUCCCUCAACCAGACCUGCGGCCUCUGCAGAGGGAAAGCCGCCUGCUAGGAGAUCCGUCGCUAACACAAGAGCUUUUGUCAACGUCAACGGCUCGCCUGUGAAGAUCCCUCAAUUCCAUCCCCGCGAUGGGGGUCCAAGACCAGAUAAGACUAAACAAAAGUCCAUCCAUGAUCUUUUUAAGAAUGCAGACCUCAGGAAACCCGAGAGUCAGUCCUCCAACUCAGACACACAGACGAAAAAAUAUGUACCGUCUUCCACCAACCCUGCCCCCUCCAUCUUUUCUAAACAGCAAACUUCCCAAGGCAGCCCGACUAAAACAACCCAGAGCAAGUAUUUCAGUGGUUCUGACAGUGGUGCAGCAGGGUCCUCAAGAAAGAGGACGCGGGAUGACCGCGGCAGCUCGGCCAGCAUCCUUGAUUUCUUCCAGAAGACAUUAGGCAGCAAUUCAGCAGCAACCAGGGAGUCGGUACAGCCCAAAUCCCCUGCAGGGCAGCAAAGAACUGCAACAACCACGGCUUACCCUUCCACCUCUACAUCUGUCCAGUCCUCCGGUGCUUCUUCCUCCGGUGCUUCUUCCUCCGGUGCUUCUUCCUCCGGUGCUUCUUCCUCCGGUGCUUCUUCCUCCGGUGCUUCCUCCUCAGGGGCUUCCUCCUCCUACCCAUCUGUGCUGACGGUCAGCUGUCCAGUGUGCCAAACAAAAGUGCAGGAGUCAAAGAUCAAUGAGCAUCUUGAUUCCUGCCUCUCUUGAAUGAAUGAAAUGGAAGUUAAACCAACUUCCUUUCAGUGGGUGCUAGUUUUAUGGUUUUAUUUCAUUGCACCAAAGCUUUAACAGCUGUGAGAUCUUGGACAUUUUGUUAAGUUAUACACCACCUGGGUUGAUAGAAAUGUAUUUAUUUAAUUACAUUUAUUUGUUUUUCAGAAUUAUUGAUAAUUGUCAUUAGUGCUUUCCAGCUUCAUUAACAAAAACAAAAAGAUCCAUGCAUUGACAAAAUUCUACUCUUUUUUUGUUUGUUUUUUUUAUCAGAAAGCUUUCAGACAUUUCCAGUUCCAGUUCGUUUUAUCUGUCACCAUUUUAAUAGUCGAAUGUUUACGAUUGGAGUUUUGAGCUCAGAGGCUGCUGUUCUUGUUACCCAGAGAGCUUUUUUUUAGCCUCUCUGAAGGUGACAGGGUUGAGUUGAGGUUCUUGCAGGAUCCUGUUUCCUCUAUUUCAGAUCUGCCGCGCAGAUCAAUCCCUGCUGAUGUGUAGGAAUCACAUUUCACCCUUGUUGUCUUUUUUCUCUGAGCGUGUUCACAUUUACUCUGCAUUUAGAAGGGUCAUCGAUAGUAAAAUCUGCGGUGGAGGAGAGGAGGGUUGUGGUUGUGUUUUGGAUACAAAAUCAGGGAUUUUUUUUGUGCCGUUAAAAUAACUGUAUAUAAUGUUAAUAAUUUGGCAAAUAAAAGUUUUAUCACUUUG